GACGGUGUAAAUUUAUAACUGAUCGAUAGCAACGUGUCUAAUCGCGAUCAACAGUCAAAUAUGGCGUCUACAGAUCUAUAAAAGUGACAUUUUAAAAACAAAAAUGAAAGGAUUAAUCUUAUGUUUUAAUAUAUUCUGUUUGUUCCUUUCUUUGCCGUCUUUCUCAUUAUCUAUUAAUGGAGGUUACCUAAAUCUGAUAUGUAACACUACAUCUUAUGUCGGGACCAGCCGGAAGUUGGAAUCGUCCACUUCCCUCUUCUAUGAACCAGAUACAUCAUGUUACCACUCAGUGACAGUCGACGCGUCCAAAAAGGUCAUGCUUCUAAUGAGACGCUUUGAUCUAGAGACGGAAGUUAAAGGGGCGUGCGUCGAUUUGGUCAACAUUCACGACGGCCCUACUACGACGGACACCACGCUCAACAGCAGUCCAUUAUGUGGUGAACUGCCAGUGUCGAACUAUACCUCCUCUAGCAACUCUAUGACGAUCUGGUUUCAAACAGACUCUACUGGAAAUAGGCACGGGUUCGAUUUCAUUUUUGUCGCCGUGACAGCAGCACCGUGUUCGUCGGGACAGUUUUCGUGUAAUAAUAGUGUAUGUAUUGACGGUUCUUUACAAUGUACUGUAUACAAUGAGUGCGGAGAUAAUACCGACGAGGAAAACUGCGUUUACCAGACACUAAAUGGUGUAGAAAUGGAUGAAAACGCCCCGCUGAUCAUUGGUCUUACUAUUGGACUCUUCAUUGCCGCCAUCAUUGGAAUAAUUAUCGGACUUUGGUGUUGGAAGCAGAACCGCUGGCGGUUGUUUGCAAACCGCCCUCUAACGGCAAAAGAAGUCGUGUUUGAUGAGACUACGUACACCACUGCAUACCCUGUGACAAAGGUCUACUAUAAGGAAAGGUAUCAAGACGUGUAUACCAACCCGACGAAGUCAUACACAGAAGGUAGCUCGAGCACGUUAACAUUCAACGAACAAGCGUCUACAUCCACAAGAAAAGACGCCAACGUGUACGAAUGACGUCAACCAGAAUGAAAAUGAGCCGCGUCACGACAAAACCAACGUAAUGCGUUUGCGACCAGCAUGGAUCUAGACCAGCCUGCGCAUUCGCGCAGUCUGAUCAGGAUCCAUGCUGUUCGCUAACAAACCCUAUUACAAGUAGAGAAACUGAUUGCGAACAGCAUGGAUCCUGAUCAGACUGUCCGGAGGCGCAGGCUGGUCUGGAUCCAUGCUGGUCGCAAACCCAUUAUGUUGGUUUUGUCAUGACGUGGCUCAUUAAUUUGAUUUUACGUUAUAGAAAUUAUCGUUGUUUUAACUUUGUUUUGGGAUUGUUGUAUAUAAAUCACUUUUAGCCAGUGUCAAUAAGCAUUUAUGAAUGGGAAAGUAUCUAUGCUUUGCCAAGGUUUGAAGUUUGUCAAUAUAAUCUUAUUUUGAAUAUUUUGUAACAUUAUGAUGAUGAAAGAAUAAAGGUUUGUAUAUUAUUACAAAUGUAAAAUUAAAGAAAAUAUUCCAGUUUUAAUUGCAAAGUUUAUAGAGACAUAACACGCUUGCGGUUGACCUGUUGACUAUCAUUUGUUACAGGUUGUUAUAUAUAAUAUAAUUUAUGAUAUUAUUUUUUAUAAUCUAAUGUAUGUCUUUUUUAUAAAUAAUAAUUUACGUAAAUGUUACAAAUGCAUUUAAACAGAUUCGCAGGCGAAUUCUCUUUCCAUUUUUUUGUAAAUUUGUAAUUAAAUAGUUGUUGAUUCAUUGUCCAUAAAAAUUGUUUACUAAAAAUAUUUAAUCGUUUUAAGAGCUUUAUUUUUUAUAUUCUUAUCAAAUAUAUUAAUAUUAUGUUGGUGCAAUUGUUAAAUCAAAUCUUCCUUAUUUAAUAUUAAUAAUUAAAUGGCUUAUCAGUAAAACGCUUUCUUGAGUUGAAACUAUUAGAACAUGAUGAAAAUUUCGGUCCCAGUUUUUAAGUUGUUCUUAAUUGAUCUCGGAUUUUAAUAACUUGAUUUAGUGUUUCAUGUCAUAAAUCACAAAAUUUCUAAAGGUAAGCGUGUAAAAAAUAUUGAAUAAAGAAUGCAUAGUUUCUAAUCAAUCAACUAAAACAGCCCAAUUAUUUAAACACUGUAAUUCAUCAUAAAUAUAGUAUGUACUGUAAACAUUGGACAAAUGUAUUUUGUUAUAAAUACAGCACUUUAUAUCUAAUUUAUGUCUUAGUAAUUAUUAACACGAAUCUGUCAUUUUUUAUACUCUUACAACAUCAUUGUUGAUGAUUUUCAAUGUUAGAUAUUAUUGUUACAAGGUUAAAUCUUAUCAUAUAUUAUCUUGAGUUGUAUGUUCAAGUCUUUAAUAAACUUCUGUUCGGUUCUAAAUUGCAUAUAAUAGUAGUUUGGCAGUGCUUUGCUCAGAAGAACAAAUAUCACAAAGCAACGUCUUCUUUGUAAGACUAUUAAUAUCUGUGAGUUUUACCAAAAAUCAAUCAAAUACUAGAAAUGUUAUCAUGAAAUAACUUUACACAGUAAUUCUUAAUAAACUAAACAUGAUGUAUAUUCUAUAGAAGGAAUUAAAGCAUGUUUUAGGCCCUAUUUAAUUUGUCCUUGAAAUCGUGCCGUAUAUUUUACAGAAACAAACAUUUGUGCUUUUCAUAUUCUUCUUAGUCCAUUGUAUACUCAUCAAUAUUUGACUAUUACCUUAGUUGGUAACAUAAUUGUAAAUGUCUACAUAAGUCGUCCCGUUUCAAAUUGUGUAGUCAAAAAGUAUUGUUUUUAUCGUUAUUCAGUUCCCUUUAUGCAUCAAUAUUAAAUCUUUAAUUAAGAUGUCAAAAAUAUUCACAUUUUGCCGAAAAGACAAUAUGCAAUAAGAUGUUUUCUUUUUAUUGGACCCCAUGUCUUAACAAAUAUAAUUCAUAUCUAAUGCCUUUAUGAUAUCUUCCUUAUUUCUUAAUAACACUUAAUGCAAAUAAAUUGUAGUUUCUUU